AUGGUGGCGGUGAAGAAGCUUCAAGGGCUUCGGCAAGGAGAGAAGCAGUUCCGGACAGAGGUGAGCACAAUCGGGAUGAUCCAGCACGUUAAUCUCAUCCGCCUUCGUGGGUUUUGCUCGGAAAAGGCUAAAAGACUGCUCGUCUAUGAUUGCAUGCCAAACGGGUCUUUGGAUUCUCAUCUGUUUGGUGAGAUUUCCAACAUCCUGGAUUGGCCGACGAGGUACAAGAUUGCAAUUGGGACGGCGAGAGGAAUAGCUUAUCUACACGAGAAAUGCCGAGACUGUAUCAUACAUUGCGACAUUAACCCAGGAAACAUACUUCUAGAUGGUGGGUUCUGUCCAAAGGUGGCGGAUUUUGGCCUGGCAAAGCUCAUUGGGCGGGAUUUCAGCCGGGUUUUAACAACCAUGAGAGGAACAAGAGGCUAUCUUGCACCUGAAUGGAUUUCAGGGCUGGCAAUCACGUCAAAAGCUGAUGUCUACAGCUAUGGGAUGAUGGUUUUCGAGAUCAUAUCAGGAAGGAGGAAUUCUGAGCACUUGGAAGUAGGGGAAAUGGUGUUUUUCCCUAUUUGGGCUAUGAGGAAAAUCACAAGCGGUGAAAUCCAUUGCUUGUUGGAUUACAGAUUGGAGGGAAAUGCAAAUAUGGAAGAGCUCGGUCGAGCUUGCAGAGUCGCCGGCUGGUGCAUUCAGGACGACGAGAAUGACAGGCCGUCAAUGGGGCAGAUUGUUCAAAUCUUGGAGGGUGUUUUGGAGGUGAGCGUGCCGCCGGUACCAAGAUCACUUCAGAUUCUCGCGGAAAAUCAGAACAUGGUUUUCCGCUCUGAGUCUUCGUAG